AUGAAUAUUGUUUCUUAUAACAUUAGGGGGUGUGGGAAUUCUGCGAAAAGAGGAAGAAUUCGUCAAUUACUGCAAAGGGGUAAUACAGACAUGUGUUUUAUUCAAGAAUCUAAGGUUACUAGGGUGAGUGAAGGUCUCAUUAAAAGCACCUGGGGGUAUGUGGGUUGUAACUGGCCAGCUAAAGAGGCAGAGGGGCGUUCUGGUGGAAUCAUAACUAUUUGGAAGAAGGGCGUUAUUCAUCCGAUUUCCUCUUUCAGAGGAAAAGGACUAUUGGGGGUAAAUGCAUUAUGGAAUGGUAUAAACUGCUAUUUUGUUAACGUCUAUUCCUCUUGUUUAGCAUCUGAAAAACGUGAAUUAUGGGCCGAAUUACUGAGAUUGAAGGACAAGUUAGAAGUGGGGGAAUGGGUGGUGAGAGGAGAUUUUAAUGCCGUGAAAUCUAAGGAGGAGAGGAGGGGGAGGGGUGGUGGAUUCAAACUAGGUGAGAUUGAGGAUUUUAGUUCUUUUAUUGAUAUGAUGGAAUUGGUGGAUGUUUCUGUGGUAGGCUGCACUCAUACUUGGAUAAAUGCAUCAGGGAUGGCAAGUAGUAGGAUAGACAGAUUUCUUCUAUCGGAAGGGAUUAUUCAAGCUUGGAAAAUUGUGGCGCAAUAUACAGGAAGCAGGGAUAUAUCUGAUCAUAGACCUAUUUGGAUUAAGGCUUGA